AUGCUUUUCAAACUCGCAAUACUCUCUAGUCUUCUGGCGCUCGUUGCUUCUAGAACUCACUUGACGGACUGUCUGGAUGAGAACAAGUACUGUGUUGGACUUCCGAGAGGAUGUGUUGGAACCGCCUGUAUCGUCGCUUUCAGUUCUGUGUCCAACGGAACCCAUACCGACAUUGAAAUCUUCGGAAACGACAUACUCGACAAAACCUGGCUUGCCAUCGCCUACUCAGCAGACAAACAAAUGAAGGAUGACUUCGUUGUUUUCUGUAUCCGUGACGACAAAGGAACCGAUAUCAACGAUAUUGAAGAAAUGGGUGGACUUGCUUACAAUGGUUAUCACUCCAACGAAAUGAUUGGAACCGUCAAGAAUAUGAAGAAGGACGGAAGUGACAAGUAUGGAUUCCGAAUGGAGAUGGUUGAGUAUGAGAAGGAGGAGAAGACGUUGUACUGCAAGAUGACUCACCGCGUCGAACCAGUCAUUGACCACUUCAACAUGACCAAGGUCGAGAUUCUGAUGUCGAAGGGAGUAUUCAUCAAGGGAAGUUUGACCUACCACGGAAAGACACAAAAGAAGCACAAGAAGAAGAACUCCGCUUCGGACUCCUUGGUUCUUCUCUCCUCGGCCAUCACUUUCAUCGCCGCCAAAAUGUUCUUCUAA